UAUGGCUGAUAAAAGUGAGGAUCAAAGUAAUGAGGACUCUUUAAAAUUGACGUCUGAUAACCAAAAUAAUGAAGUUUUUAAAACAGUUACACGCAGGAAACGUAAGAAAGAAACGAAUGAAGAUAUGGAUACAUCAGUUAGCACAAAACGACCAAGUUUUCCGCCUCUGUCGGGCGAGAGUUUGACGAGCGGAGUUGAGAAAAGAAAGGUUCCUGUGCCACCCAACAGAUACACACCUUUGAAAGACAACUGGAUGAAAAUAUUUGAACCUGUUGUAGAACAUUUACAUCUACAGAUACGAUUUAAUCUUGGUUCAAGAAAUGUUGAAAUUAAGACUUGUAAAGAAACUAAAGAUUUUGGUGCAAUACAAAAAGCGGAAGACUUUGUUAGAGCGUUCAUAUUAGGUUUUGAAAUUGAGGAUGCACUUGCAUUGAUAAGAUUAGAUGACUUAUUUGUUGAAUCAUUCGAGGUUACAGAUGUCAAACCAUUAAAAGGAGACCAUCUCUCUCGUGCAAUUGGUCGUGUGGCUGGCAAAGGAGGGAAAACAAAAUUUACUAUUGAAAAUGUCACCAAGACACGUAUUGUUGUUGCUGACACGAAAAUACAUUUACUAGGGUCAUUUCAAAACAUCAAGAUUGCAAGGACAGCAAUUUGUAACUUAAUCCUUGGUAGCCCACCGUCAAAGGUUUAUGGGAAUAUGAGAGCCGUAGCAACAAGGUCGACCAGUCAUUUCUAAAGUUUGACAAGAAGUUUGAUGAGAUAAUGAUUUUCUUGGAAAGAUCAAUGAUACAUUAAAGUAACAAAUACAACAGGUUUCAAUCAUGAAAUUGAUGUUCCAAGAAUUGGGGAGUUCCGGCAAGCAUAACAGAAAAUCUCUAUAAUGAUCUUGUAAAUAUAAUACAUAAUGUAUGUAAAAGAUGAAAUAUAUAAAUGAAUUGUGGAAACAAAAAAGUAAUUGCU